AUGACGACUGCGAGUGCGAAUGCUAGUUCGAAUGCUAGUAGCACAGGAGUAGUAGGAAAGAGACCACUCUCCACCACCACAGAGUCCAGAUUCUUGUCUCUCGAUCGACUGAAGGGUCUCUUGAAACAAGAGGAAGCGUAUCGAAUAGAGUCCAACUACAUUCCUGAUGAAUUUCCCGACCAUGUCGUGGAAGAAUACGCCACAUGGCGAUACACCAUGGUCGAUUGGUUCCAAAAGAUUAUGGGUUCCUUUCAAUACCAACCCGAAACCAUGGAAGUCACCAUGUCCAUUUUGGAUCGAUACGUGGCCGCCAAACCCGAAUUGAUGACCCACUCCAAGAAUUACAAGUUUGCCGCCUUGACCAGUUUGUAUGUGGCGGCCAAAAUGCACGAACAGUGUUGUUUGACGCCCCAUCACGUCAACGAUUUGAGUACGGACACUCAUCCCAUUGCACGGAUCGAACAGGAAGAGCUCGAAAUUCUCAAGGCGGUGGGAUGGAGGGUCAAUCCACCCACGCCCACGGCCUUUUCCCGCGAACUCUUUUCCAUCAUUUCAAGCGACCUUAUCCGCAAAGAUGAAAUCAUUGGAAUCUUUCGGAUGCAAAUGAGUCACAUGAUGUUUGAAGAAAUCUUUGUUACCGAAAAGGCCAGCAUGUUGGUGUUGGCGGCCCUGUACAAUGCCAUUACCUCCGUGCGCAAGGCGGAAAAGAUGCCCAAGUAUUUGGAGCUCAGGCUCUUUAGUGCUUUAGGGUUAUCCAAGAAUGAAGAAGCGGAAGAGAGCAUCAACAAAUUGAGAGAAUUCUUAUUGACUGUCUCGCUGGCACGAAACAGUGAGGAAGACGACGAGGAAGAUGAAAGUGGAGACGACGCGAAUCGAGACGAUGUGGAUGAAUCCGGUGUAAAGAAAGAAGGGUCCGUUGAAUGCUCUUCCCCAAGAACGACUGUUGUGUCCACGAUUACCAGUCAAAUAUGA